AUGCGAUCGCUUCUGGGCAAUACGACGGAAGAUGUGCACCAGAUCGACCUUCCAUCCGACCAGCCGACGGGCUCUCUGUCCACCGUCCUGGUGUAUGCUUCCUCCUCUUUGGCAGAGCAGACCACACCCCUGGCGCUUGCAUUUAACGACACCGACUCGAGUGUGUCCUCGAUCAACUUCACCGACCGAGAUCUCGACGCAGACGAAAUCGGAGGCACCAUCAGCUGGACCGAGCCUGCCGAUCCUGCACUGGUGGCAAAUUAUGUCGUCUACAUAGCCGAGGAUCAGUUCGGCGGAAACCGAUCACAGGUGGGCUCCGAAGUUCCAUGGAACUCUUUUGACAUCAGCCUGCUACCGGAGCAGCCCAUCCGCGAGCCGGACGGUGCGGCGCGGUCCGAGUACUCACAGGUCCUCGUCUACACCAAGUCGACACUUGCGGAGCAGUCGACCCCCAUCAGCUUUGCCAUCGUGGACGUGAAUGCCUCUGUCAGUGGCGGAGCCUUCCAAGAGCAGGACCUUGAUGAGGCAGAGCUUGGCGGACCAAUUACCUGGAAAGCACCGGCCGACCUGACACAAGUCACCCAUUAUGAUGUUUACUUCGUUGAAUUCCCGGACGCUACGGGAACGAAUCGCUCGCAGUUGGGAGAUUCUGUCGAGGUCGGUACGAACAUCAUUCACGUUCCCGCAGACUUCCUUCAGGGCGCGUUGUCGCACAUCCAGGUCUACACCCGCUCUUCGCUCGUGGAGCAGUCUACACCGCAUGUUUUCGUCAUCAACAAUACGAACGCAAGCGUGUCCAGCAUCGAAUUCUUGGAUGACGAUUUGGAUGACAAGGAGCUCGGUGGCAAUGUGACGUGGUUGCCUCCGGAUGACAUGGCGCAGGUGUCACGCUUCGUUUCCUACCUUGCAUCUGAUGCCUUCGGUGGCUCGCGCUCCCAGAUUGCCAAUCAACCGUUCGACACAGAGGAGGCCUUCGUGCAGCCAGAGCAGCCCCUGCAGAACUACUCCCAUGUACUUGUGUACACCAGGUCGAUCUUGGCCGAGCAGAGCACACCGGCAAGUCUGCCCAUAAGUGACACCUUCGCCACGGUGCGAAAUGCCGACUUUUUGGAUCAAGAUCUGGACUACGAUGACCUCGGGGGUACGAUUCAGUGGAAUCCGCCAGCCGACAAUAUCAGAACGACUGACUACGUUCUGUACCUGUCUGUUGGUGCUGAUGGAACUGGCCGGCAGAAGGUGGGACAAGAGCUCGUCGGGACGAACAAGCUCCUGCUUUUGCCUGACACUACGAGGGGCCAACUUGGCUUUGUGACCGUUUUCACACGCUCUGUGCUCCUGGAACAGACCACGCCAGCGGCAGUGGCAGUAAGCGACACGAUUGCCAGCGUGUCGGGAGUUGACUUUCUGGAUUUGGACCUGGACGAGGGUGAAGUUGGCGGAACCCUGACAUGGGAUCGACCGCCUGAUCGACAACAGGUGGUGUACUACAAGCUUUACUUCAGUGUUGCAGAUCCCUUUGCUGCGGGCCAGCAUGUGAAUGGUACACAGGACUGGCUCAAGAUCCCCAAUGGUUCCGUUGAUGUCAGCCUGGCCGAGGUGGACUUGGCCCCGGACUUUGCCCUUAGCGGCGAGAGCCAUGUACUAAUCUACACGCAGUCUGCUCUGGCUGAGCAAACCACACCGGUGGGCAACCCUCUGAACGAUUCCAUUGCAGUUGUUAGAAACGUCUCCUUCACAGACCUUGACCUGGACGAUGACGAGCUGGGGGGAAAUGUGACGUGGCUAGACCCUCCACCGGAGCAGCGACCGGACCUAGUUGAUUUCGUGGACGUUUACUUGUCAGAGGACACCCAAGGCGCUGGCCGCUCUCAGAUCCAAGCUGGGCAGGCCUCUGCAGACACCAUUGAGCUGGCUGCUGAGACAGCUUUGAGGUCCUUUCGUCACAUUCUGGUCUUCACUCGCUCCAGCCUCGCGGAGCAGUCCACGCCCAUGGCCUUCCCGAUCAGUGACACAGACCGCUAUGUUGCGAGUCUUUCUUUCACCGAUCAGGACUUGGACAGGGAGGAGUUCGGCGGCAAUUUGAGCUGGCAGCAGCCGGUUGAUGCGAGCCUGGUUGCACACUAUGUCGCCUACCUGGCCACAACACCGGUUGGGUCAGACAGAGCACACGUAGCGGAGUUGGAGGCAGGAUCGACGGUAGUCGCCAUCAGCGAAGACACGGCUGUUGAGAAUUACACCCAUCUGCUCCUCUACACCAAGUCCAUACUGGUGGAGCAGACCACCCCUGUGGCUGUAAACAUCAGUGACACUGUGGCGAGCGUGUCGUCAGUUGAAUUCGUAGACCAGGACCUGGAUAUUGAUGACCUCGGUGGCGAUGUCGCGUGGGCAGAGCCCGUCAGCGACAUUGAAUAUGUCCACUUCUACGAUGUGUAUCUUGCCAACAGCAGUGCUGGUGCAUUCCGCUCGCAGCUGGGGCAUCCAAUACCACAGGGCCUGGCGCAGACGAGAGUGCCCGUGGAUUUGACGAAGGGGCUCUUCAGCGACAUCGUUGUCUACACGCGCUCCGUCCUUGUGGAGCAGACAACUCCGGUCGGGGUGGAGAUCAGCGACACCUCAUCCGACGUGCAGAACGUGACGUUCACAGAUCUUGACCUCGAUCUCGGGGACGUCGGGGGGCACGUCCACUGGGAAACUCCGCUGGAGUCCUCCCAGGUGGCCGCUUAUCGUGUGUACCUGGCGUUCGAUGAAACCGGCAGCUCACGGUCCCAAAUCGGUGCAGAGGUCUUUGUCAACUCGUCUCUUCGCGUUGCCCUCUUAGAACCAGAUCACACAACUGGCUCCUACAAGCAAAUCACCGUGUACAGCAAGUCUGACCUUGCUGAGCAGACCACCCCAGUCGCAUUCCAGUUGCAAGACACCGAGUCCGUUGUGACGGACACGAACUUCACAGACCUUGAUCUGGAUGGUGCAGAACUCGGUGGUACCAUCUUUUGGUCGCCUGCUGGGGACACGCACUUGGUGGUCGCCUACGACCUGUACUUGAGCGAAAGCGCCUCUGGGGAGUCUCUGUCUCGCAUCAAUGAGUCCUUGCCUGUCGGCACUCACGAUCUCUUUGUGCCUCCUGAACUCCCACUGGGCAAGAGCACACACAUCGUGAUCUUUACUCGGUCUUCCUUGGUUGAGCAAACCACGCCUGCCUUCAUCAACAUCAGUGAUGCGGAUUGGAAUGUGCCAGAGGUGUCUUUCUUCGAUAUGGACCUAGACGGGGGUGACUUCGGUGGACAGGUGAGCUGGUUGCCGCCAGCUGAAGUCGUGCUCGUGGCCCACUACUCCGUCUAUUUGGCUGCGAACGCCUCUGGCGACCUCCGUUCCCAGAUAGGUCAGGAUAUCCCGAAGGGCACGAACUAUGUCGACCUCCUGCCCGAGCAGCCACAAGGACCCCACUCUCACAUCGUUGUCUACACGAAGUCCACGCUGGUCGAGCAGACCACUCCGUCCUUCCUCGAGCUCAAUGACACCGCCUCUUCCGUUUCGGGGAUUGUGUUCGUUGACCGAGAUCUUGACGAAGAGGAGCUAGGAGGCGAUAUUACUUGGGUCAAGCCCAUCGACUUCUCGCAAGUCACGCUCUACUCGGUUUAUCUGUCGGCCACCUUCGAUGCUGAAAACCGCUCAAGGGUCGCAGAGGACCUCCCAAUCGGUACAAACUUAGCUCAGCUGCCGGCUGAGACGCCCAUCCGUUGGUUCGAGUAUGUCAACAUUUACACUAAGUCGCCUGUGAUUGAGCAGACGACCCCGGCAUCGCUGCUGAUCUCGGACACGAACGUGCAGAUCGCCGAUGUGGAGUUCCUGGACCAGGACUUGGAUGAAGAGGAUCUCGGUGGCAAUGUCACCUGGACGGUAACACGCGACCUUGGGCUUAUCGCCCACUUCACUGUGUAUUUCACCGAGAACGAUACCUGGGAGACAGGGCGCAGCACGGCGGGGCAGGAUGUCGCACCGGCGGAAUUUGCAGAGCUGUUUGUCCCGCCCGACACCAAGCCGCCUUUGGCAACUUACAGCUGGGUUUCAGUUUUUCCAAGCUCCCUGAUUGCCGAGCGGACCACACCCUUCGCGGCGCCAAUCAACGACACCAUCUCACCUGUGCUGAAUGUUUCCUUCCUGGACCUGGAUUUAGAUUUGAGUGACCUUGGGGGCAAGAUUUCCUGGGAGCCACCGCUGGAAGCCUCGCAGGUCACACACUACCUGGUAUACCUGGCUGCGAAUGCUUCCGGAGCCGGGCGGUCCAUGGUCGGCAGCGAGGUACCGUACGAUUCGCUGUCGACACUGCUGGAUGCAGAAACUCCCCGGCUCGAUCGCGACUACGUUGUCGUUUACACUCGAUCCUACUUGGUGGAGUCGACCACUCCGUCGCACUUCCCCAUCUCGGACGCUUACUCAGUCGUUCAGGUGAACUUCACUGACAAGGAUCUAGACGACUCGCAGAUUGGAGGCACAAUUUCCUGGACCACUCCCGAGCCAGACUUCAACCCCUUGGUGUCGUUCUUCACUCUGCAUCUAGCAGACGACGCGUUCGGUUUCAACCGCUCGCAGAUUGGGUCGACCAUGCCUUGGGAUCUUCAGGAGGCAGCUCUGCCACCUGAAGUCUACUAUGACACGGCUACGCACUUCGUUGUGUUCACUGGCAGCACACUGGUGGAGCAGACGACGCCAUCGGCGCUGGCAAUUUACGACACGGAUGCCAGCGUCUCCAACAUAACGUUUCAAGACAAGGACCUUGAUGAGUCCGAGAUGGGUGGCGACAUCUUCUGGGACGCACCUCUGGAUGCUGACCAGGUCACCUACUACGCCGUCUUUAUCGGUCCAGACCCUCUGGGCCAGCGAUCGCAGGUGGCCGGUUACGGUCCAGCUGGUCUUGUUCCUGCUGGGGUGGAGCAAGAGUUCAUCAAUGCUGACACCUCGAUUGGCACGUUCCAGGAAGUGGUUGUGUACACGCGCUCCAGCCUCGUGGAACAAUCAACAGCCGUGGCACUUCCGAUUGUAGACGAGUUCGCUACCGUGGGCAGCAUCCACUUCAUGGACAUUGACCAGGACAUCGACAUGUUGGGCGGGGAGUUCUCCUGGGUUCCACCGAAUGACACUUCGGAGGUGGCAUUCUACGUCGGCUACUUUGCGACUACCCCAGGCAUGUUGGAUUCAGGAAGCCGCAGGUUCGAGUUUGAGAUCCUUGGCCACCUCAACUCCUACGAUUUGCCGUUCCAGACCCCACAGUCAGGGUACAGCUACUUCUCCAUCUACACGAAGUCUUCACUCGCAGAGCAGACGACCCCCAACUCUGUCGAAGUCAUCGACUUUUGCCAGAAUGUACCCACUUUGGAGAAUCAGUCUCUGUAUGUGGAGGAAGGCGUCCACUUGCUGGACAUCUAUGACGUUCCAGAAGUCGUCAUAACGAAGUUUACAGGAGUCAGCGAGGACGGACUGUCUCUGGAAUUCGCACCUUUGCGGCGCGGCCCUGUCUACAUGAUCAUCACGGACACCGUUGCCGUGGCAGGCAUGACCAACACGGAUGUGCAGUCGCUG